AUGCAGAACCUUUCAGAGGGUUUACUUGAAGCAGUAAGAAAAGUGGCUGAAAUCACUGAACUGGAAUUGAAGCUCUUCAAACAACAAUUAGCAUUCACUGCAGAUCAAGCAUUCACUAUGAAGAGCUUCACUGACACAAUUGCCAUCAUCAAUAAGAAUAGAGAAAACCAGGUCUUAGGCCUGCAGCGGGAGAUUGAAUGUUUACACAGACAGGUGACUACACUGAACCUGAAGAUCUCACCACAAUUGUUCACAACCUCUUCAGAAGCAUACACAUCAUCAGAGAUCACUGCGCAGGAUGAGAAUCUGACCAUGAAAUAUAUCAAGCUGAGAGAUCUGCUGAAGCCAUCAAGCUUCAAUGAUAACUGA